GACGAACCCCACAGCAUCAGUUGGUCUUCCACCAACCAACCCGGCCAUGCGGGUGCUCCCAUGCACGCUCUGGGACCGUGCUGGGCACUGCCUGUGCUGCUUACACUGCCGGUAUGCGAAGCCUUUGUGGUGAGCUUUCCUGUGGGCUUCACUGAGGAUGAGCAAGACGUCCAGGAGAUCCAAUGGCAGCCCUUCAGCCGACCAGCUGAGUCCCUGGUGGCGGAGCUGCAAGCCAAAGUCGGGGGCCAAGGACUUCGGAUGCAUUUGGGAUCUGGUUCUGAUCAAAUGGCAAUUCCCAUUGUCAGUGGCAAGGAUUUUCUCAUUAUCAGAGAGGCAGUGGGCCCCGCACUCUUGGUGCCAUGGGAUCAAUUGGCCGGUGAACUCCACAUGCUUCUGGCGAACUUCCGCCCUGACCGGGCCCUCGAGGUCGAACUGGCCCCCUACCGGCCCUCGAGCAAAGCGCAGGUCGUGGGAGUCUUUCUGCUUCAGUCUCCAAACACGAUCGUUUGGCAAUUUCUGCCCAAGACGAUCGAGGAUGUCUGGCACCACUUCCAGGACUUCCGCCUCCACGUUCUCCUGCACCAGCUAUCCGACUGGGAUCCUCAUCUUUGGCGAAAGCACUUGGGAGUGGCCUUCCCCGUCUUUGGUGGUCUCCACUGGUGCGGAUCUGUGAAUCGAUACCCUGGAUUCAACCGGCAGCUUGCUGAAUCGCGGAAGAGCGACAACUACUUCAACAAGAUCUUCAUGAUGCUUGCCAUCGCUGAACACCAAGGCUUUGAAUGGAUAGUAUCAGUUGAUGACGAUGUAUUCUUGCCGCCCUUUUCAUUCAUGUCGUUGGUGAGAAGCGGGCCAAUGGCCGACAAGCGUGGCUGUGGAGUGGUCUUGCCAUUGACUCAGAACGGCAUCCCUUCAACAGAGACUUUUGCGCGUCAUUGGCUUUCUGCACCCGACCGUGGGCAGCUCUUCCGUUGCUUUUCACAGAGCUCAGGGCAGUUCUGCCGCGACGGCAGCCUGAUGCACUGCUGCCGCGGUGGAGAGGCGGUAGACGCGAAAGAGAUUCCGGCGGUGCCCAUCCCGGAACCUUGGAACGAGGUGGAGUGGUACAACUCAGUGGCUGAGCGCUUUGAGUUGAGGUGGUGGAAGAAUCACCCGGUCUCUGGGAAUUUGACCUGUAUGAUUUUGGCGCUGAACCUGGCGCUGAAGGGUUUGGACCAGAAAUGGUUUCGUCCCAUUUGGGAUGUGGAUAGUUUAGUGGUGGAUCGGGAACUCAAGUAUCCUUACUUUGCGAACAAUGUCUUCCUGAUGCGGACCGACCGCUACGUGCGAGUGAUCGAGCAUCCAGACUGCUGCCAUGGGACCGAUGAACGGAUGAUGAACCAACUGCUCAGGGAAGAGAAAGCGCCGUUGUGCUUCGAGACACAAAGCUUUGGGAUUCAUCCUGCUUGGGGCAACUUCGGUCAGACUAUGAAGAACACCGUGGAAAGCCAGACCGUCUCACUGCUGCAGGAUUUGUUCCCUGCGGAAUGGUUUGCAAAGAGGCAGUGGGAUGGGGGCAAUCUAUCUAUAUGUGAUGUACAGAUGUACGGUGGUUGUAUAGACAUAUAAACACAUCCGCUGCACACAGUUUACUGGUGAUAUGGCUUGGAAUUGAUUACGUGGUUGCUUUAACAGGUCCCUCACAAUGGAAACUGUUUGAAAUUCACAGGGUUUGUUCAUCUGUUCCACAAGGGAUUU